GUGAAUUAUCCACAGCAACAAUUUUAAAACUUUCACUUGCAAAAUAUUACCUGCUUUUAUAUCAAAAUAUCGUAUGUUCAGGCGUCCGAUCAAUUCCUCAAAUAUGCAGAAAUAACGAUCAUACUUUCGAGUUCCACCCAGAAUUGUAAUAAUGGAGGGAGAUAUCGGGGGCGUACGAAUAGUGCCAUCUGUAGUUGAGUUCUAUGAUACAGAAAUUGAUGCUGUUCACAGACUAAAUGUUACUGUCAAAAAUAUCAGUAAAACAAGCAAAAGCAUUCGAUAUUAUGGACCAAAUACUGAGCACUUUAAACUCAAAGUAAAGAAUCCUGAUAAGCCAGUAGCUGCUGGUUUAGAGGUACCAGCCAUUGUAGAGUUCUGUACUUCCCAAGCUGAGGAAUUCAAAGAUAGACUAGUCAUCACGGUUGAUGAUGACGUCAUUGAAAUACCUCUUCAUGCCUAUCCUUCACAACCAAUCCUCGAACUAGAUGGACCAGUUGACUUUGGAAAUGUAGUUAAGAACAGUAAAGUAAUUGCAAAAGAGGUUACAUUAUAUAACCAUGGAUCUAAAGCUGGUGACUUCAAGAUCAAGUACAGUGGGGACCAGCCAAUUGCUAUCAUCCCUAGCAGUGGGACUGUACCUGCAAAAACUGCUCAAAUCAUUAAAGUCGAGUAUGUUACUAAAUUGCAAGGAAAGUUUGAGGAUGAAGCCAAGGUCAAACUAGAUGGUCAAGAUAGUGAGAGUCUGAGGAUUAUGGGUAAUGUCGUUGAGGGUAAGCUGGAGCUUUUAUCACCACAAAUGGAAGAAUCAAUAGACUGCGUGAAAUUUGGCGCUACGUAUUAUGGCACAGAUAAAACUGAGAUGGCGUUCUUGAGCAACAAUGGGCCAGAGCCGUGUAGCUAUGUAUGUGUACUAGAGGAGGAUGCCAUUGGCCAAGAAGUGGGUGUUGAUUUAACAAAAAGCACAGCUGCUACUAUAGCAAAACUUGGUGACAACAAAAAUAUACAGGGUGACACUAACCCUAUGACAUCACUAGUGGCGGCUAUUCCUAAUCAGGGGGUUCUACAGCCCUAUGAGAAAAUACCAAUAUUUUUCAGGUUUAGCCCAAGAUGGGAAGGUAGCAAGCAGGGGUUCAAUGCCACUGUGGAACCACCACCCAGGAAAGACUUUGCUCUCUUUAUGAAGAUCCAGAUGAUUGGCAGCAAUGAAGGGUUCUGUAACGAUGGCUCAAAAACAAAGAGCAUAGAAGAUGCAGUUUCACAUGUUGAGGUAGCACUAACUGGCACAGCCCUACCAGUACUUGUAAACCUAAGCCCACAAUCAAAGUUUGACUUCCAAGAAUGCCCUGUGGGAGAGCAUGUAGACAUGUUAUGCUCCCUGAACAAUGAAUCUUCUGUUCUACCGUUGACAUUCCAGUUUCGACGUAUUGCUCAUUUCACGGCACAUCCAACCAGCGGGAAAAUUAAGCCUGGUCAGAAUCAGAGCAUUGUUUUCUCAUUCGCUCCAAAUCAAGUUGGAACCUUUAAGCCAACACAGUUGAUUGACAUAAUAGGACAAGUAGCAGAUAAUCACAACCCAUUUCUGAUGCACAUUGAGGUGAUUCACACAAUGCCCGUAUACUUCAUUGGAAGAUGUGAUCCCAUCACACGUAAACGUCCUCCAAAGUUUAAUCCAGGUAUUACACCAGCUAUAACGAAUGAAGUUGGGCAGUUUGUGGAUACUAAAGUGAAAGGUGUAGAUAAGCAUCCACGUAAUGCAAUCCUUAAUGCACCUGGUACCAAGAUUCACCAAACACUCACAAUGAAGGACCUUGAUAAAGAUGAUGAUACAACUCUUGUAGCUUUCCCAAAUGACAGACUUCAGAGUAUUAGGCCCAGUGAGAGACACCAAGCUUACAAGACAAUUUUCACUCAUACAGAGCGUCAUAACUAUGUUGACCCUGACUAUGCCUUCACUGAUGCAGAGGAAAAAGCAAGACUUGAACACAAACAGAAAUAUGUUGACUUCAUUGAUGAUCUCAGACAGAAGAGAAUGGAAAAUGGAAGGGCAAAGGAGUUCAAAGAAUUCAACAAUGAAAAAGACAUUGGAAUCAAAGUUGCAUCAGGGAUUAAACCUCGUAAACUUACACAAGAGGAAAUAGUUCCUGACCCAAGACCUCCUACUCCACCUAAUGCCCCAUGGGCUGCUAUGAGCAGUAAAGUAUUACGAGAGAAAGAACUUUCAUCAACCUCCAAGCCAGUUGUUGAAGGUCUCAAUGCAUUGCCAACUACAGCCAGAGAGAAGAAAGAUUGUUCAAAGAUGCUUAGUCCUCAGGAGCUUCAUCAGGUUAUCAUAGGUCCCCCUGUGAUAGACUAUGGUGAGGUAUGUCUGCGCUCAGUCAGCACUCAAGAGCUGAAUAUUACGAACAACCUGAACCAGUAUGUGCAUGUUGUAGUUGACGUUGAUUGUCGGGAAUUACGCCAGACGAGCCCCCUAUCCCAAGUGGUGCCUCCUAAUUCUAAGGCAGCACUUCCAUUGAUAUUUGAGUCAAACACCAAAGGCAGAUUCCAAAGGUCCGUGAACUAUCAAAUAAAUGGCUUCUACAAACGUCACGUAACAGUCCUAGCUGAGGUUGUCCCCGUUGACCUAGUCAUGUCCACAGAGGAAUUGACUCUAUUGCCCUGCCCUGGGCUUCCUGUGGAUGCUGGGUACAGAGGGGUAGUCACUCUCUCAAAUAAGCUCAACUAUGCAGCCAUGUUUACAUGGCAACCAAUCCUUGGCAACAGGGGCACAGCAUUCUCAAUAAGACCAGCUACAGGUAUGGUCGAUGCAUUCAAGGAUCUGGACUGUGAGGUAGUGUUCCAUCCAUCUUACAUGGCCCCAGAGGAGGGACUCUUUGCUUUACAAAUACAUGAUGGUGGAACUCAGAAACUCAAGUGCUUUGCUAAUAUUGGUCCCACAAAUGUACAGUUCAUAGAGCGCCGUAUCAUGUUUGGACAAAUCCCUCUGAAUCUAACCACUACCAGAACUGCUAUGUUACAUAACACCAGCCAAUCACAUGCUUUCUUUGAGGUGAUAGAUCCCAACCCUCUGCCAGGACUAUGCAUUCUACCUGUACAUGGGAGUGUUCCAACUGGUGGAUACGCUGAACUGAAGGCCCAUCUUCAACCUGAUUCUGUCAUCAAGUUUGACACAAGAGUUUCUGUCGCAAUUAGGGGCUGGAAGACACUAGAGUUACGCAUGGGAGGAACAGUGGAGCCCCCUUGUGUUGACAUUGACGUUUCUACGUUUAAUUUGGGUGGCGUUUAUUGCGGUUCAAGUUUGUCUACUGAAUUCCGCAUUGUAAACAAGACAUCAACAAAGGCACGUAUUGAGCUAGACCUGACACGCUACUCUGACUUCUGUCUUAGCUUCCAGGGCAGAGAAACUCCAGAGGACAACACAUUCCAGCUAUUAAACCCAGGAUCCUACACGCUGACUCUGGAUGGUCAUGAGGUCGUCCAGACAACCUUGACAUUCACACCAACUGAGGUGGCAUCUUAUGAUUUUGUGAUCCCUGUCACAAUUAAUCAAAUUGGAGCGCCAUCUCCUGCUGGAACACCAUUCCCUCCAACACCAGCGCCAUCUAACAAGAACACUAUAGCCCAUAUCAUUAAUCCUCGUCCAAUACAGUUCACUGUAGCAACGCCAAGACGACGUGUGGUGGCAACAGCAUUGAGGCAACCACUACAAAUGUCUCAUCUGAACUUAGAUUUCUCUCUCUCACCAUUGGCUCAUGAAAUGCAAGAAACAUCCGGAUCUGGUCUUACAAAGGGUACAUUGCUUGUGAACAACAGUGAUAAGACAUUAAAGUGGUGUUUAGAUCUCUCCAAAACAAAUACAGUGGUAGAACAAGGCAUAUUCCAGUUCCUCCAUAGCUCAGGGGUCCCCUUCCUCAGCCAUGGGGAAGGAGGAGUAGACGGUGAACUUGAACCAGGCCAGACCCAAUCCAUCGGAGUUUUAUUCCAUCCCAAAGAACCUGGACAUUAUGAAGCAAAAAUACCUGUUGUAUUGAAUGAUGAGUUUCAUAAGCCAUACCAGUUUUUGAAACUUGUUGGCGAGUUAAAGGCCCCAAGGAUCUGGUUUGACCCUCUGGCAAUCGUCAUGACCCCCGUGCCUCUUGAUACUGAAGUUUCUGUCAAGUUUCAUCUGAUGGCAGCGAAUUAUGAAAAGGGUACAAAAGUAACUGCUGAAUUACCUAUUGUGGAAUGUGAGGAUGGGAGUACAAUACCUCCUUUGACACUUAACUUCCCAGAGGGACAAGAUAUCAAGCCAUGCAGCGCUGAUUCAGGGCACGAGGAGCCAACACGCCUCUUAUGUAACGUCACAUUCAAAUGCCCGCAGCCAGUCUCAUUCACCCAGAGCAUCAAGUUUACAGACUCUGAUGGCAAUAGUUUCCUGCUUCCUGUUUCUGCUACCAGUGAUAACUGCUUAUUGAGUUGUUACCCAUUCCUUGCCCAACAUAGAGCUGAUCAUCAAAUCGUCUGUGAACAGGGCACAACACUCAAGGGCCGCAAGACCAUGUCUAAGGAAAGUGUCAAUGUGGGAGAGGCAGUGUUUGUCCCAUGUGUGUCCCCAGCACGCCCCUAUAGUAGAAGAAGCACCACAGCUACCAGCUCGCAGUUUGAAUGCUCAGAGUCAAGCUAUGAGAGCACAUCACAUAGUGCUACAGAGUCUACAUACCAACCCAGUACUCCACGAGAUGGCGCUCAUGGCAGAGUUGCACCCAUCUCCGUUGCAGCUGUCAAGAAUAGACAAGACAUUGCAUCAAGAUCACUAGGCUCUGCCCUAUUUCCCGAUGAAGACACAGAAGAGGGGAUAUUCCAUACAGAGGUUUUGCUAGCUGUACAGCGGUGGUUCUCGUCCCAGGGAUGGCCUGGGGGCCCCCACCCAAUAUUUGUCCCACACUCUCUUAGAACUGGCAUAUGCAAGAAACCUCCUGAAGAUGGAACCCCUAAAAAGAGAGUUGGCAACAGAGUACUAGAAGCUAACAAUCUUAACAGAGAGUUCAAGACUGUCUAUGACAUGAUAGCUCAUCUCUGUGGCCGGCAAGUUCCAGGAAUCCCUAUUAAUUCUCCCCUUCCAUCUGACCCUGAGGAGAGAGCUAAAUAUGUUCAUUGGAUGCACUCAACUCUGCUGACUUUCUUAAAGAACCAGGGAGCCUGUGUUGCUGCAGUAAAGCCUGAAUAUCUCAUGGAACCUGCCGAUUACAAAAGGUGGAUAAAGCUCCAACAGGACCUAGAGGCUGCUAAAGGAAAAGAUGGCGUUAGUGAGUACAAAGUUAUAACAGAGGAGGACCAGGCAAUAGAAGAUGAAUUAUUUGAAGCUGUGUCUAAACGAGCUUGGGUCGACAUUCUGCUGCAGAUACUCAAGAUUCUGGUCAUGGGUAGAAUCACACCCCGUCAGUUGAAAAACAUGCCAAACCCAAACAAAAACAUUGAGAUGCCUACAGUGAAUCCUGACCCCCUUUGUAGCAACAUCUACUCUGUGGGGGAGAGAAUAAUCCUGGCAUGGCUGAACCACCAUUAUGAACAGCAGAGAUAUAAUAUAUGGCAGAAUUGCUCAAAAGGUGGAGUGCCACCAUCUCGCUGGAUCGUGAACUUUGAUUUUGAUUUACUGGAUGGGUUGGUGUUGGCCGCAGCUUUGGGAGCUCAUCUUCCCUUUUUGGUGAAGACCCACUUGCAAGACAUGUACACUCAGCCCAACACAGCAGAACAGUGUCUCCACAAUGCCCUGAAGCUUGUGAAUGCUUUGAGAUACAUCGGGAUAGACUAUGAUAUACAGGCCAUAGAUAUCACAGACCCUAACCCAAUAUCUCUGAUGUUACUAGUGGUCUACUUGUACCAGAAGUUGCCUCAAUACUUACCUAAGAGUAAUUUGGAAUUUGUCAGUAGUCUGCAUUCUACUGUUAUGAGACAGGUGAAACUGAGCAACCCUAGUGGCAAACCACUCACCUACCAUGUCUUAAUAGCUGGCCAUGAUGCACAAGAUUUCUCCACUCCUAAGGGAGAUACAGUUAUCAUUGCACCAAAACAGACAAUUAUGUUGACAGUCGAGUUCACAAGUAGAUUCUUACGUCCUGCUGAAGCUGUGCUCGUCCUGGUUGGUCGUAGGGCAGGCUCGGCUGUUGGAUCAACACUUGUGUUCAAUCUACGAACUACGAUUGAUAAUAUAUCGCCAAAGACUACAAUCAAAUGCGAAUCUCCAGCAUAUGAGUUAACAAAUGUACCAAUAGAUGUCGAAAACCCAUUCAAUGAGGCUGGCGACUUCAGAAUUGUUCUCGUUGAAGCCAAGAGCAUUCUUGGAGAUACAAAAAGUCCAAUUUUCAAAUCUCCAGAAAAGAAAACUAAAAAAGUGCGCUCUAAGAUUGAUAAUGGGAAAAAACGUGCUGAGACACCAGAAGAGAGGAUUUCUACCAAAUCUAAAAGUUUAUUAGAUGUCCAGACUGAGGCCAAUCAAGAAGAUGCGUCUAACCUGAUGAGUGCCUGUUUCUGUCCCAUGGAUACAGUUCACCUGGAGGCAAAUGGUACCUCAACAAUCGAACUCCACUUUUUACCAUUCCACACUGGCAAGAGACAGUGCUCAAUAAUAUUCAUCAAUGAGAAAGUAGGAGAGUUUUUGUACUCGAUUGAGGCGAAUGCAACAUUGCCGUUAUCAUCACCUCUGCCACAUAGGCCAUCACAGAGUAAUGUCAGGAUAACUAGUGCUUAUGCUGCAGGUCAUGGACGUGGCAUGUUUGGUGGUAAUGACAGUGUGAUAUACUGGAAAUGUGAGUGUGGUCAGUCAUUGAAGGAAUCAUUAAGUAUUCCUGUAACAAAUGCAGCCAGGGAGAAUGCACUGGUGGUGGCAGCCCAACAGCACAUGAGUGAACUUGAAAUCAAACGUCGUCGUGCUACAGGCACUCUAGCAAGUGCCACUGUUACGGCCAAGACUGUGUCUCUACUUUCCACCAACCCAACAAAUGUAGUGAGACAACCUAUGAUCAACCCUGAUGGCACAGUGUUCCGUGUUGAGGUGGACUCAGAGUUUUAUAAAGCUCCCAAAAAGCUGUAUGUCCCUAACCCAGUCAAUGUAAAGUCAUCCAUAAAUGGGAAAUCUGCACGUUCUACAGCCCUGCAAGGAAAUACAGGUGUAAUAUUGGAUGAUGGAACGGUGGAUCUUCCAAUGAGCUUCAAGGCCAAGAACCCUGGUCACUAUCCAUGCAGGGUUAUAUUACGAGCCCCUGAUGACAUACGUGUCUACCAGAUUGAGUGCACUGUGAACCCAGAAGGACAUGAAGCACAUCUAGAGUUCACAUCACCCGUACAUCAGAGUGUCACGCAGGAUAUCCCAAUUAUAAACGAAACAAACCAUGACUGGCCAUUGAAAGCUGAAUUAACAGGAGAGGGUUUCUAUGGACCACCCACCCUGAUUGCCAAGGCUUUCCAGACCUCCUACUACCCACUCAUGUUUAGACCCAUGUAUGAAGGAGAUAUUCAGGGCAAAGUUUUACUGAAAAACACAGCAGAUAAUACAGAACAUGUGUUCCAUCUCAGUGGCCAGGCUACUAAACCUCUGGCAUUAGAGCACAUUGUCAUCAACUGUGAAGCAAAAAAGAGUGUUGGGAAGCAGCUGGUCAUUCCUAAUGUCACGAAGAAGAAGCUGGCCUACAGGGUUGAGUCAGACAUUCCAUUUUUGAGUGGUGUACCAGUUGUCACAGUUCUAUCUGGGCAGACAGCACACUAUGACUUCACAGUGGCACCUCUAAGACAUGGUCGCACCAAAGGUGUUAUUGCAUUCAUUGCAGGGACAAACCCAAUUGUUGAGGUUGACAGUGAUGGGGAAGAGAUACCUGGAUCUGAUGAUGAAUCUGAGGAAUACCAUGGUUACCGCAUCUGGUAUUCCGUAGAAGUGAUCUGCACACCCCCUCCCCCAGAGAAAACCCUGCAGAUUAGAUGUGCAUGUCAGAAACAAGCUAUACUUGAGGUGGGUGUGACAAACCCUGUAAAUGAACCAAUCACAUUAGAGGUCAUGGUUGAAGGUCAGGGUAUAUCAGGUCCAGCAGAAAUAACUCUACCAGCAUUUGGGCGAUCUGUAUAUGAACUGAAGUAUUUCCCAGGGGCAAUUGGGAAGUCAGAAGGAAGUUUGACAUUCUUCCAUAAGUUGAUUGGUGAAUUCUGGUACAAAUUGGACCUCAUAGCAGAGCAACCAGCACCUACCACCUUGCCCCACAUGGAGUGUGAGCUUGGCAGGUGGUCUCGACAGUUUAUCACUCUGAACAAUCCAACAGAUGAUCCUUUGGAGUUGUUCCCGACAAUCUCAAAUACAAACAACUUCAAACUAGAGCGAGACAGUGAGCGCCCUCUAUUAAUACGUCCACACACUUCAAUCCAGGUUCCAUUGAAUUUCAUGCCAUCUACCCUCGGCCAAGGAGACCAUGCUGCAGAAAUAACAUUCUACUCCGAGAAGCUUGGAGAGUGGAAAUUCUAUGCCUCUGGGACAGGAUUGCUUCCUCGUGUACAGGACCCUGUUAGUAUAAACUCCCCUGCUGGGUCUAAUGCAACUUUGAUCAUACCAUUCCGUAACCCUCUGGACCAUUCUGUGCUCGUUGAUGUUAUAUUAACAGACAAACAACAGCAGUGGGAGAAAGUUUUCAAGAAUGGAUUACCACACGACUCACCAUUCUGUCUGCUACUCAAGCACAGUAAUGGCAUCCGCCUAGGCCCCAAAUCCACCUUAGAUAUCCCUGUAUCAUUUGCCCCUGAGGAGAUGAGUAUGUUUGAAGCACUCUGUGUUGUUGCUGUGAGGAAGGAAGAUGGAGGCAGUUGGCAUUAUACACCAGUGGAUGAUAGGGGAAAUCGUCUGCCAAGGAGUCGUAGCGGAGGUUUACAUGAGAUCCGCUGGUUGUACCCAAUAAAUGGUAUUCCAGAGGUUGAGGCUGUUAAAGACAAUCAGGGUGCCAUCAUAGAAUGCCAGGCCAGAGAACGUGUUGAGGAAAGACUAGAGGUGACACUCUCAGGGGUUGCACCAAGUUCUUCAGGCCCUCAAAAAGCUAUCAGGGCAAGGGCUGUAACUCCCAAGGACACCCGCCCUAGCGUACCAGAAGGCGUUAUAGUAGGAGAGGGCAAUAUGAUUGCAGAGGAGUUCACUUACAGAUUCAUAUUUGAAGGAGAUAACACCAAAGAAGACCUAGAAAAUGCCUGUGUACUAAAUCUUGUGCGGUCUCAUCGUGAGAAAAUAUCUGGACUCGUUGAUCUUGUAUUCAACGUGAUUUUCUCUCCAUACAAACAAAUGACACAUGAUGUCCAGCUCCUUGUUCAAGCUGCUACAGGAGGUGUGUGGAAGUUCCCCGUCAGGUUCAUAGCUACAGAGCCAGUGCCUGAUGACACCAUUGUAAUUGAUGCUGUUGGUCUCAAUAAGCAAUCAUCUGUAGGGUUCCGCCUCAACAGCCAAAGCAGACAUCCAGUUCUUUAUAACGCAUUCUUCGUUUGUGGGAGUGAUCCAGAAUUCUCCGUCAGCCCACAAAAUGGUGAACUGCUACCAGAUGGCACCAGUGGUACAUUAAUUACAAUAUCCUUCAUGCCGACAAUCUAUGGGAAAACCUACAAAGCUAAACUUGUCAUUCAGAGCCCUGAUAUGCAGUGGACAUAUGCUGUCAAGGGGGUGCUACCAACAUAUACCCCACCCAGGGGGCAAUCAUCUCGACCAAUGGCAGGGCCCCAUAGUGAUCCAAGGAAACGUGGCGAGAAACCAAACUACAUUCGUGACAACUUGAAAUUAUCAACCACUGCUGUUUCUUCUCCUAUUAAAGGAGCACCAAUAUUAAAACGACAGUAGACAUUAAAGGACUAACUCUCCCGAAACAAAAAAGACAUUAUAUGAGUCGGAAUGUUUAGAUUGAAACAACAUUACACGUCUGAUAUGUUCAUACAAGUAAAAUGUAUUUUAUGUAUAUACAGGAAUCCAUCCAAUAAUUUUGAAGUAUUAUACAUAUUCAUUGAAUAUAUUGUUUCCAGUUUUAUUCUAACUGUUGAAUUUGUGUAUUUACAUGCACAAAAAAACUUCCGUCCAAGUUUUUAAAAUAAUAUGAUUGUACAUUUGAAACUGUGAUAUACAUCAUUUUUGGCAAACUCAUGAUUAUUGGCAUAUAUACAAAUACAUGUAUGUAUAUUUUAUGCCAGAACAAUCUGGCCAAGUUUCAUGAUUAAAGUUUUUAUUGAAACUUUCAAAUACUGCUUUAUUAUCACUGAGAUUAUUGAAUUUCUUCAUAUUAAAUAGAAUGAAAUAUUAAUGAUUUCUAUUU